AUGCUGCAGCUGCUCAAGAAUCAGGUGGUGACAUCUGUGGCGAAGCAGCAAGUUGAAAUCAGGCAGCUGGAGCUUGACUGGUAUACAAACAAUUACUGGACGCUGUCACAGCAGGCGGCGCUGUUGGCUGGAUUUGCCUUUUCGCAGAUCACCACUUCCUUGCCUGAGCACCUGCCUUUUGCGCUGGAGGCCUCUUAUUUGUUGCUGGCCGCAUUAUCUUUGGGUUUGCAACUAUGCGUCAUAAUAACAACUACAUUUUGCUGCAUGUGGGGCCCUGGGCUGGCCCUGCGGGGCCCCGACGGGGUGCGGUCAGUGGACGAAGCUGUAGAUAAGAUGAAAGGCGAACAAGGAGUGGUAUUUUUUUUGUUUGUGUUGGGCACCGUUUGCUUUUUUGUUUCCAACGUGCUGCUGCUGUGGUGCUACUUCGAAAGCAACGUUGCUGCUGCUUCCAGCCUGUUCAUGGGCGGCUUCGUGCUGCUGAUCAUUUACUACUCUGUCACCCUCACUUACCAGCUGCGGGUCAGAGAAACUGAAGCAGUAGAAGGCAACAUAGACGCUCUGCGGGCUUACGGAAACAUCACAGACUUGGACGCCUGCUACGCCGCGAGAGUGCCGCAAGUCGAUGCUGCAGCAGACGCAGCAGCAGCAGCUGCUGCAGCAGAAGCCGCAGCAGGCAGACGUGGCACCUCCUUCAGGCCCCAGCACCCAAUGGGAAUGGAACCAGUAUAUGUAGGAACCCCAGAAGAAGCUAUUGAGGGGACUCCCCAGGGAUUUCUAGGCACGAUCCUAGAGCUCUUUGAUUGGGAUUAA